UUUUGGGAAGCUGUGAUCACGCUGAAUAUGUUUGUACUGAUUAGAAAAAAUCACUCUACUCAGGACUUUGAAGAGUACGGUGAAAACGUUAUGGAGAAGUUGGGGAUUGUAACAUUAAAGUUUUGAUAUUUUACAUUUUUACAAUACCAACAUAGAAGCCAUCUUCACUUAGGGGCUUAAUGCUUAUUUCAACCUCUACAUCCGUUGAUUUUUGGAUUUGUAUUCACUGCGAAUCAUAUGAUAAUGUCACGUUUCAUUUUAUUCACACUCAGAUAUCCAAUGUUGCUGAUAAAUUGUCAAUAUGACUAUUUUUCUUGCAGCAUUUACGUCAUAUCUGGUGUGAUAAUCACCGUCAUAGUUGCCACAGUACCGUUUACGCAACAAGCAUAUGGCCCUUCUGGAAUCUACUGCUGGGUGAAAGAUAACUAUGUGGCGUGGAGGAUAGGAAUUUGGUACGGCCCUCUGUAUAUUUUAUUGGCUCUGAUGUUUACCUCUAACAUCUAUAUUGCCUGGUACCUUCGAAAAUUGAACCAAGGGUCGGUUAUCAGAGAUCGAGGCCAGAACCCAAACCUGGAGCGAAUGAUAUCUCGUGUUAACCAAGAUGUGCGGACUCUCCUGGGCUAUCCUAUAGUUUACCUCGUACUGGCGAUAUUCACUCUGGCAAAUAGAAUACACAACGCCGUCCAUGGAGAUGCCAAGUCGAACUUUGGGCUGGUUGUGAUAUACACUAUUUCUAUCACCAUCACGGGAACUUGUAAUGCUGUAGUAUUUGGUUGGAGCUCUGAAACUAGACACAACCUCAAACCGAAGAUAUUUUGGGCCCACUUGAAGACUUUCUACAAGGCCGAGCAAACCGACAUCUACGAAUUCCCAUUAGACCAAUCAGCCCCUGGUGGGGUCGGGCAAGAUCCAGUUUGGUUUGUGACGUCACCAACCACUGCGCAGGCGCAUGUGGAAGCGGAGUACGGGCAGAGUAACCCAAUUGCCCUUGAUGAAACUGACAUUUGAUAAUUGACAAUGUAUUUGACAAUGUAGAACGAUAUAUUUGUGUGCACUAGAAGAAUUGGGAAUGGAUUAUUGUCUGUUAGGCCCCGUUUACUGUUUUUGUCCAGUUUAGUGAAAUAUUUAGUCUGUUUUAUGGCAGCGCAAACAUUUGUAAUGUGUCAGAGCUAUACUAACAAGGGCUAGAUGAACUACCGGUACCAUGCGUUAAUCUUGAACGGAAGUAGAUCAAUUUUUUAUUAGAGAUGAGUCUCUUAUCGAACUGUGGCAAUUCGAAAUGUGUACAAGGGCAGUGACGCCGUCAGGAUCUCCAUUUUAAAGUAUGCUAUACGGAUAUCAGAAAAAAUGUUGUCCUAAUGAUAAAUCAUUGGUCAAUACGUCCCAUUACUUGGGUUUGGUGGUCUACAUAUGAUGAUAUGAUACUGUACAAGUACCCACCGAUACUCGCUAUUAAAACCUUACGUGACCAAUUAACAGGCGUGAAUGGAACUUCGACAAUGGAGAAGUUUUCUCCCGCCAGCAGUGAAUCCCCAGAUCGGAUUUAGAUACCCAAGAUUGUUAUCAUUUAUGAGUGUGUGAAAAAAUAAAUUUUCAAACAAAUUAGAAUAGAAAGAAGUGAGGUGGGUCGACCGGGAUGGGGGGGGGUCAGCGGUCGACUGACCUGUAGGGUCAGUGGUUAUAAAGCAGUGUGCAGUUUUAGACUGUAGGACGCUGUAAUUGUCCAGCAUUUCCCAGGGAGUUAAGUUGCAUUUUUUUAGCUUAUAUAUUUUACUAACAGAGUAUUGUGUGAUUACUUCAUUAAAGGGAUAAAAACUUUUCAUUUUGAGCAAAAAAGGGGGUUUUCCUGAGGUAAACAACGAUUUUCCCAUAACAACCAAUAAUAAAUGAAUACGUUCUAACAUUCAAAGUUAAUCCCUGUUUUUUUUUCUAAAAAUGUUUUUCUUGUUAUUAUCUCUUAAGAGAUUAUUAUGUGGUCGAAUGACUAGCACGGAUUCCACAAUAAUUGCGAUUACCGCCGUUUUGGUGGUUAAAUAGAAUUUAUUAUAUUGCUGUGGAUAUUUUACAAUAUAUUUA